UCUAGGGACUGUCGGUAAAGUUUUCGACGCUCGCGUUGUGCGCAAAAUUUCAAGAAAACUCUAAGGAAAUAAUUUUUUUUUAGAUAAUCGCUUUAAACUGGCAAUCUUAAUUAUAUUUGAUCUGUACUAACGUCUCGAUCAAUGUAAUAUAAUUCGCGCGAAUUCGAAGCAAACGAUAGCUUAUCGUUCACGGUUACUUAUAACUAUUCAGUUUAUUGUUGUUUAUAGUAUUUCAUUAUUUCAUAAAAGAAUUAGAUAACGGAUAUUUUGGAAAAUGUCACGAAUAAGAAGGCUUUCUAUUCGAGGUAUUCGUAACUUUGGCGACGAAUCCGAAGAAUCUGAAAUUCGUUUUUCUCGACCAUUGACUCUUAUUCUUGGUCCAAAUGGUACUGGAAAAACAACAAUUAUCGAAGCACUUAAAUUUGCUACUUGCGGUGAAUUUCCACCCGGUUCAGAUCGAGGAAAAUUCUUUAUUCAUGAUCCAGCUUUGACUACAACUUCGUCGGUUCGAGGUGUUAUCAAAGCUGAAAUCAGUGAUGCAGUAGGCAAUGUUUUUACAAUAUGUCGAACAAUAGAGUAUUCAAAAUCAAAUACAUCAAUGAAAUUCAAAACUCUUGAUACUGCUCUAAGUAGAAUAAGUAAAAUAACAAAAGAGGUGGUAUCGAUAACCAAUCGAUGUACCAAUGUGGAUACAGAACUCACAUUAGCAAUGGGAGUUUCUAAACCUAUUUUAGAUUAUGUGAUCUUUUGUCAUCAAGAAGAUCUUAAUUGGCCUUUUCAAGAUGGUAAAAAACUGAAAGAAAAAUUUGAUGAGAUUUUUGACAGUGCCAGAUACAACAAAGCUCUUGAAAAUAUCAUGAAAUAUAUCAAAGACUUAAGGCAAAGAAUAAUUAUAUUAAAAGGACAGAAAGAAAAUUGCUCAUAUAUUGUUAAAGAAUUAGAGGAUAAAGAAACAAAACUUGAAGAUCAUAAAAAACGAGUGAAAAAUAUUAAAAUAAAAAUAGAGGAAAUCAAUGAAGAUUUGGAACCGAUGAGUCAGAAACUUAACGAAAUGGAACAACUGGAAUCUGAUUAUAAGGAUUUGCUAUCUGAAGAAAAAAGGAAAAAAGCAGAGUAUCAAAUGUCCAAAGAACAGUCUCAGAGAUUGCAGAAAAAUAUAUCACAGCUAUUUAAAGGAUCGCUAGAGAAGCUAGAAGAGGAAUACAAAUCUUAUGAUACAAACUUAAAAAAAAAAGCUGAUGAAAUAAAAGAGCUUGAGACAAGUUUAAAAGGUAUUGUUAAAGAAGAGUCUAGCAUAUCAAAAUUGUUGGCUGAUGAAAGAGUAACCAAUGGUUCUUUGAAGCAACAAAUUAAGGAGCAGGAGAGAAAAAUUGCUUCACGCAACAAGUUAUUAAAUGAGGCAUUGUCUGCUUGGGAUCUUGAAAAUGUUGAUUCUGAUGUAUCAGAGAUAGAGGUGAUAGCUCUUUCCAAAAGAUUACAUGAAAAGUUGCGGGAGUUAAAUAGUAAACUAGGGGAAAACAAAUUACAAAGAGAAGAAAAAGAGAAAGAGAUACAGAAAGAAGUAGAUACUUUACGUAGUGAAUAUCUAACAAUAGAUUCACAGAAGAAUGUUAAAGAAAAAGAAUUGAUUGAGACAAGAGAAGAACUUAAUAAAGUAAAAACAGAGAUGUCACAGAUCGGUGCAGCGGCAAAUAAGUUAAAUUCCAUUGAAUCCAAGCUAGAGAAUGUAAAAAGAAAAAUUCAGGAAUUGAAUGAAGUGAUGGAUGUAGAUGCAGCAAAGGAAGAAGUUCUUGACAAAACAAAAUUACGAAAUGAAAUGGAAAUACGUUUAAAUGCGAUCGAUGAAGAUAUAGCCUCGCUAUUAAAACAAAGUUCGUUGCAGGCCGAAUUAGAAUUAAACAAAUCUGCAUUGCUUUCCAAAGAAAAAGAAAUAGAAAAAUUGAAGGAAAAACACGAACAAAAAUUAAUGAAGCUGUUAAAUGUUACAAAAUUACCGGAAUCUAAACUAAAAAAUAAAUUAGAUACGGUUCAAAAACAAUUGAUGGAUGAAAUAGAAAAAAUUAAUCAAGAAAUUCAGAAAGCAGAACAUCAGUCAACUACUUCAGAAACAACGAUAACGCAUAUGAAUCAUGAACUCCAAAAGAAAAAGAAAGAAAUGGAGUCGGAUAAAUUAAAGAUCGCAACAAUAUGCUAUUACAAAAACUUUGACGACGUUCUGUUAAUGCAGUCGAGAAAAGUGAAAGAUCUUCAAGACAAAAGAGGAAUAUAUGCUCAUCAAGGAGCUGCUUACAAAGAAUAUAUGAGACAAUUAAAAGAAACAAAUCCGUGUUGUCCUUUGUGUCACAGAGAUUUUGAUAAACGCGAGGCUGUUGUAGCUUUAUUAAAAGAUAUGGAAAAGGAAAUGGAAAGUUAUCCAAGUCGGUUGAAAGAAUGCGAGAUAGAAUUAAGAACUGAGCAAGAAAAAUAUGAUAAAAUGUUACAGUUAAAACCUGUGGUUGAAAAUAUUGUACGGCUCGAAGAAACUGAAUUAGAGACAAUGAAGAGUAACAUAGAAACAUAUGAAAAUAAAUUGAUUCAUUCUCAAACGUUUGUAAUAGAAUUGAAGGAGAAAAAGUCUGAACCCGAAAAUAAACUAGCAAUGUAUAACGAAAUCAUGAGUGAUAUCAUGCUAUGGGACAAUUAUAUUGAUGAAAUUUAUAAACUCAAACAAAUAAUUAAUAAUAUUCAAAAACGCAUGACUGAUGCAGGAAUUCAGACAAAAUAUAGCCUCGAAGAAGCUCAAGCUAAACGAGAAGAGCUAAAAGCAUCGUUAAAAAACCUCUCCAAAGAAAUUGAAACUCUACAAACUAAAAUAAAUACGCACGGUGAAAAAAUUAAUAAUGCUCGAGAAGAACAAAAUACGUUACAUGCGGAGAAGUUGAAAAUAGAAUCCAAUAUGCAAAAAUUAAAACAGUUGAAAGACAAGCGAGAAGAAUUGUUUUCAAAAGAAAUUUCUCUUGGAAGUUUACUAGAUCAAUUAAGAAAAAAAGUGGCUGCAGCAGAAAGUGAAUUAAAUGCGGCAGUUCAUGAAUUAGAGAAGUCGAAGAAAGAAAAUUGGGAAAAACUAGAAAAUGAUAGAAAAUUAUCAACAGAAGCAGACAGGCGUUUGGCUGACUUAACCAAAGCACAAGAGGAAACUGAUUUAUUUAUUUACCGUAAAAUCCCCAAGUCUAUAGAGUCUUCUGAAUCAAAAAUAACAAAGUAUCAAAAGUCAAUUGACGAACUGCUUGAAAAGAAAAACGAUAUAGAAUCAAGAGUAAAUAAAUUGAAGCAAGAUAUUAAUUGUCAAGAAAUCCGCAAGAGAGAAUUGUACGAUAACAUUCUAUUACUGAAAAAUCAAGAAGUUACUAAAAAAUUAGAAAAAGAAUGUUCAAUAAUAGAAGUAAAACUAAGUAAUAUACAUUAUCCUCGGAUAGUAGAAGAACGAAAGCAAUUGCAAAACCGGGAACAAACUUUACUCCGUCAGAAAAAUAUGAUCAAAGGAAAUCAAGAAGAAUUAGAAAGAGCAGUGAAAGAAUGCACUGAAGAACUGAGGAAAGAUAUUUACAGACAAGCUCGUAAAAAUUAUAAAACGAAAUGCAUUGAAUUAACGGUACUAGAAGAAACCAUAAUAAACUUAAACGAAUAUAGUAAAGUAUUAGACGCGGCUAUGAUCGAAUACCAUGAAGAACGUAUGGCAACGGUUAACAGAAUCAUUAAGGAAAUGUGGAGGCUUGUAUAUACUGGGACAGAUACCACAUCCAUAGAAAUUCGCACAGAUGCUACGGAAGGUAUAGGCAGUGGAAAAAGAACGUAUAACUACAAACUAGUUCAAACCAAACAUGGUCAUGAAAUAGAUAUGAAAGGUCGCUGCAGCGCUGGUCAAAAAGUCUUAGCAUCGAUAAUUAUAAGGCUAGCUUUAGCAGAGACCUUUUGUAAAAAUUGCGGAGUUCUCGCUCUGGAUGAACCGACAACGAACUUGGACCAGGAAAAUGCAGAUAGUUUAGCAAGUGCUUUAGCUAUGGUUGUUAAAUUGCGAUCACAGCAUCAAAAGAAUUUCCAAUUGAUUGUGAUCAGUCAUGACGAAAAGUUUUUAUUAAAACUAGCCGAAUUAAACAAUAAUAAAGGCUUUCAUGAACUUUACCGUAAAUAUAACGGAUAUACGGCAAUUAGACAUUGUCAAGUACAAAAUCGAGAUCAUGCUAUAUCAAGUGUCAUAAAAGAAGAAGAAUCAUCAGAUGAAGAUGCUGAUGAAUCUUCAGCACAGAUAAAAGAUAAUUCACAGUCAGGAACAGGUUUACAUGAGAAAGGAGCAUUGCAAAAGAGAAAAAGAAAUAUCGACAAUGAGGAUAAUAACGAACGCUUCUCAAAAAAGAGAUACGUUUUAAAUUUAACUUAAGCUAAAAUAUGUAAAUGUUAAGUUAUACGUAUACGUAAUAUUUGUUUUCUAUAAUUUAUAUGUAGAAGAGUCCUUUUAUGUUUUAUAUUUAUAUUGUAAAAGUG